CAGCUCCCCCGUCAAUGAAUCUGCCGUGUGUGCCUCAGUGCAGAGUGCCAGCCAGGAGCAGUUCCUGGAGGUGGCCCAAGGCCAAAGAUCCCCGUGCAACCUCACCUUUGGCCAGCUCGCCUGUGCCCAGGGAACUUGGCUCCAGGACCUUCAGGAUGAUUUCCUCAUAUCCUUAUAUUCCUGCCUGGCCUCUAAACCUGCCACAGCUGUGGAUCCAGAAUAUUCCAUCCUGUUCUUUUCCAAAUAUGAUGCCAGGAAGCUUUUGACCUCCCUGUCCGUGUUCAACCAGAGGUUUUCCCAGGUGCCCCUUUCCCUGGAGUGGAGCCUGAUUUUCAUGAACGGCCUGUGGGAGAGGAUGCUCCGAGUGCCUGGAAUUGAGACCCCCCCAGUGCUGUUCCAGUGGGUCCAUGAGGGACUCGAGCCCUUCCUGGUGCAUCCCGAGGUCUUUGGCUGCCUCCGUGCCAAGGAUGUGUCCUGUGAGGAAUUCCAGGCGGUAGUGGCUGCCCUGGAUGGAAUCUACUCCCAGCUUCCCGUGGAAGAGCAGAGGAAUCUUUACGCUGGGAUCAAGCAUUUCCUCACCCAGGAUGAAUCCAGCCAGAAGUGCCACAGCCAGGCCAUUCCCGCUCUGAAUUCCACCGCCUGGUUUCGGAAUUAUCUGGGAUCCUUUCUGGAGCACGCCACUGUGGAGGACCUGCAGCUUUUUGGGGAUGAAGCAACACUUCAAAAAUUUGCCAGGGAUCCUGUGAAUAUGGAGAUGGUCGGGAACCUCACCUUGCUCAGGGAGACUGCUCUGUACUACACCCUCCUCCUGACCUCUGCUCCUGCUUUUCCACUGUCCAGUCUCCCAGAUGAAUUUAUUUGUUACCUGAGCCCCAGGGCGGUGAGAAACCUGAGCAAGGAGGAGACUUUGGGAGUGGCCCAGAGGCUCGGGAAGAGCUGCCCAUGGAGCAGGGGAAUGCCUGGAGGGAGAGCUCCCUCCUCCCUGGCACGGCAGGAACUGCAGGUCGCGUCCGCCCUGGUGAGGAAUUUGGAGGAUUUCUCUCCAGCGGUGCUGGGAGCCUUGGGCCAGGCUGCCCUGGGGCUCUCGGUGUCCAGCAUCCAGGACAGCAUCCCUGAGGAGCACCUGGAAGCAGCUCUUCCCACCCUGGGAAGCGUCCGAGGCUGGAAUGCCGAGCAGUCCAGGGCUAUCGUCAACAAACUGCUCCGCUCUGGCUACCAGGUCCUGGAUGGACAGAGCCUGGCAGAGCUGGGGACUUUGGUGGGUGGCCUCAACAGCAGCACACUCCAGAGCCUGGCCCCAGAAGUUGUCCUGGAGGCCAUCCAGCUGCCAGGCUUCGCCCAGCGCCUGGAGCCUCUGUCCCCUGCUCUGAAAAGGACCCUGGUGGAAAAGGUUUCCUCCAGGGUUGGCCACCCCUCUGAGCUGGUUAAACUCAUUCCCAGUGCUCUGGCCAGCUACAUCCCAAAAUCCCUGCUUGUUUUUGGGGAAGAGAAGCCAAAUGUGCAGGAUCUCAACGAUAAACCUUGGACCAGAGACCAGGCUGCCAUGUUUUUCGGUGAUGUGGUGAAGGCAGAGCCUGACUUCAGCAGGCUCUCCCAGUCUGUCCUCCAGGGCUUCACCUGCGCAGCUGCCAGCGCUGUGGGAGCAGAAAGGUUUCAGGAGCUGGCCAAAGUCAUGAGGAAGAAGAAGGUCAGGCUGGGGCAGGACCAGCUGAACUGCUUGCUGAGGAUGGUGACCCUGCAUGGGAUUCCCAAGGAUUUGGACAGUUAUCCCAAAGACCUGUUGCUGUUUUUAAGCCCCUCAGACUAUGCAGCCACAGGGAGCUGCAGGCAGUUCUUUAUCAAUAUUGGGGAGGCAAACCUGGAUGUUCUGCCCAGAGAGGCUCCUCAGAGGCAGCAGCUGCUCCUGGAGGCUCUGGAGUGUCUGCAAGUUCCUGGCACAGCAAUAAACGAGGAGAACGCUGAGGUUCUGGGAGGGCUGGUGUGUGACCUGCCUGGGGAGUACAUCAGGAGCUCUGGGGAGAGCUUGCUGAAGGAUUUGAGCCAGUGUGGAUCUUUCCUGCCUGAGCAAGAAGAGGCCAUCAGGGACGUGCUCAGCAGUGGCAACACCACCUUUGGGCCUCCUGCAGCAUGGUCAGCCUUCACCCUGAGCCAGCUCCAGGGGCUGAUCCCAGUGCUGGAUCCCAGCAUCCUGCAGCAGAUUCCCCAGAAAGCUUUAAGCACCUGGCUGAGGAACUUUGCCUGGGAUUCCCCCCUGUCCAGGGAGGAGCUGGCCACCAUCAUCGCCGAGCUCCUGCCCCGCCGGCACAAGCGAGAGGAUGGUUGCCCAGCUGACAAGGAGAUAACAGAGGCAGUUCUGGAGGACCAGGUGAUGCCUGUCUACUACACCCCCGAGGAGCUGCGCGCCUGCCUCCGCAACGUCUCCCUGGAAAAUCGCCUCUCCCAGGUCCUCACCUACCCCUUCAGCAACCCACAGCUGGCUGUGCUGAAGGAGUACCUGCACGAGAGAUAUCCCAAUGGUUAUCCCGAUAAUCUGCUCUCCAGCCUGGGCGCUCUCCUUCCCAUCAUCACCCCGGAGGAAAUUUCCACCUGGAAGAUGAGCUCAGCUGAAACCUUGGCUGCCUUCCUGAGAAAUGAGCCUCAGCCCUCGGAUUCCCUGGCCUCAGCAGCAAUUAGACGCUACCUGGAGCUGGGUAACGCCCUGAACGCCACGGCCCUGAGCGCCAUCGGCACCAGAUACGUGUGCCUGCUGAAUGCCACCGAGCUGAAGGCCAUCGACCCCCCCAGCCUCAAACUGGCAUCUCUGGAUCCUUCAGCCUGUUCACAGGACACAAAGGACCUCUUGUACCAGAAAGCCAAAGAGGCUUUCUCUGACCAGCACCAUUUACCUGCUUACUAUGAGCUGAUUUUACCUUACCUGGGGGGGGCUCCCGCUGCAGAUCUCAAGGCUCUCAGCAAGAACAACGUGAACAUGAACAUCAACACCUUUGUGACUCUGAGGAGAGAUUCUCUGAUGCGCCUGACACCCCCUGAGGUGGAGGGGCUGCUGGGGGUGAACCUCCCCGAGCUGGCCCAGUGGCAGAACAGGGCUCCUGUCCGGGACUGGAUCCUGCUGCAGAAACAGUCGGAGCUGGACAAGUUCCACCUGGGGCUCACGGGGGGCACGCAGGAGGGCUACAUCAACAUCGUCACCCCCAAAUUCCCAGCAUCAUCCUCAGCCCCUCUGGGGACGGUGGCCAUGGCAUUCCAGCUCCUGCCUGCCCUGCUCCUCAGUUUCCUCAUCGUGUCCAUCUUGUCGUGACCAUCUCCUCCAGGAGGAACCGAGGGGCACCAGCUGUGCCUGCUCUGACACCCGGCGUGAGCAGUGCCCAGAGCUCCAGGCAGCUGCCAUCAGCCCAGGACUCACUUUUAGGUACUUUUGGUUUUCAAUCACCUGGAAAAAAAACCCAUUUAUGUCUGAAGGGAAGAUUCCAGACUCUUUGGAGCAGGAUCUUUGCCUUUGGGACAGCUCAAGCCCAGCUCAACUGCAAACCACCGCUGAACCUCUUACUGCUGGGUUUAAGGGUGAGUUCUGCAGAUUAAAAAUGACAUUUCUCAGAGCCUGACCUCGUGAUACUGCCAAGACCUCAGGGUGGGAGUGAAGUUU